CUUCGGGAACUAUUUUUCAAAUCCACCUGCUAAAUACACACAGACCAAGACAAACAAAACCCGUUGAGCCUGUCUUUGAGAACACAGCAUUGAACAAAUCCAACGCUACAUAAAUGAGGACUAACUUUGUGGAACAUCAUCGCUUUCUGAUGUCCCUGGCAAACCUCGGCACUUGAUCUUGGACAAUUCUACAGGAAACCAUUGCGACUGCAGAUUGCUGGAAAACAGCUUCUCUCCUCUUUUAGGGCUCAAUGCCAUGCGUGAGUCAUCGGCUCAGCCUGACUGGACAAUGGAAAGCCUGCACUCUCCUGCCAUGAGCAUUGCCGACAGUUACUAUGAAGAAAGGCUCGGAUCCCCGCCCCCUUCCGGGCUCCUCAAACCCAAACCCAGCACGAGCUGCCGGCGCAAACGGGAGUUCAUCUCGGACGAGAAGAAAGACGCCUCCUACUGGGAGAAGAGGCACAAGAACAACGAAGCCGCCAAGCGCUCGCGGGAGAAGCGCCGCCUCAACGACGCGGUCCUGGAGAAGCGCGUGCUGGCCUUGAACGAGGAGAACGUGGGCCUCAAGACCGAGCUGCUGCAGCUCAAGCUGCGCUUCGGGCUGAUCAGCACCUCCUCCUACGUGGAGAAGAGCCAGCAGCUGAGCGCCUGCUCCGUCAACCGCUACUUCGCUUCCAGAGGCUGCUCCAGCGGCUCCCAGGUCGCGCUCCAGUCCGAUUCCUCCGAGGCUGAGCAGUCGAGCCAGGGCGGGGGGCACACCCCUCUGGCAAAGUACUCGCCCCGCGGCUCCCUCUCCGACAUGUCCGACAGUUCUUGCAGGGGCAGCCCCGAACCUAUGAACUACGACCUGAAACCAUCCCACUUGGACCUUUCCCCUUCCCCCUCCUCCUCCCCCUACUCCCCCUCCUCCUCCUCCUCCUCGGAGCAGGAGAACCCUGCGGUGAUGUUCCGGAGUUCAUCCCACCGCCACGAAGCGGGAACGGCUUUCCAUCACAGGCCGACGCCCCCCCACAGGGGCGUGAUCCUCUACAGAAACAACGGCAGCUCUUACCCAGUGGAGCCUCCACAAGACCCAGAGCAACAGCAGCAGCACCCAGCCUCCCUGGAAGAGCUCGGCACAAGCCAGGCUCUGUCCGGCUACCUGUACCCAGCUCCCCAGCCCCAAAUCCUAGCCCCUGCAUCUCCUCUUCCCUACGAACCUUCAAGUCUGGCAGGGCAGGAGACCUACAGUCGCCAGUCCCCGGCGCCACCCUACGCGGCGGACUUCUUGAAACCCAGCUGCACAGCUUUUGAGCACCCCUACCCCAGCCCCCCGUCCCACAGCUACGCGGACAGGAGGCACGGCUACUUCCACAAAGCCUCCGCUAAAGAUUGUCCAUCCUCCUCCUCCUCCAGCAAGGGCAGUCCCAAGAGCUCCGAUAAAGACGCAUCCACCGACGAAGACUCCCCGGCCUCCUGUCCAGAGAUCAGAGGCUACCACUGCCUGUCCGCCCCACCUCUGUCCCCAUUCCCCCAAACCGACUCCCAGACGGAGAUCAAAGCGACCGCCUUGCCCCACAAACUGCGACUAAAGUACCGGGCGCUCGGCAGUAGCUUAGAGGCUCCCGUCCUGCCACAGCACCCCUACCUAGUGCUCUCUCACGGCAACCAGCAAGCGGGCAGCGAGAGGGACGACCGCAGCGAGGAAGAGGCCUACCAGACGGCAGUCGGGUCCUGCAAACCGCGAGAAGGGGAGUCGGAAAGGUGGGCCAUUAAAAG